AUGCCGCCAAAAGAUCGUCAGAGAAAAAAAAGGCAGCGUGGGGAAUCACAGGGCGCCUCUCAACGGUCUCAAUCAAGUACACAUCGAGGAUCGCGGUCCGACAAAAAGAAGAAGAUCGACAACACUAGCCGUCGGAAGACACAAGCCAAGUCUGUAAAGGGUGCACCCCCAGAAACGAAUGAAAAGUACGUCGUGAUUAUUCAAAACGUCGAGAAUGAUUUCACCAAGGUGCACCAGUACAAUUUGCCCGCCUAUUGCCACUUAGUACCCGAGCUGAAUCAGGCGAAUCUAAAUCUUCCCGGUGCUCGAGGAGGCCGUCUUCAGUCUGGGAAAACCAACACGGCAGAGGGGGAAGCGGAGACCUUGCAAAAUACAGGAGAGAAAGGUGGAAAGGACCCCAGUAGCGACUCGAUGAGUGGUGAGGGAAAGUGCACUUACAGCCUUCUCUGCAGGAGCGAGACCCGAUCCGCGGAGCUGACGGUUCGGGGGGCGGCGGAUGCCUCUAUCCACACCAUUUUUGCCUCCCCCCACACCGCCUCCACCUCAACAAAACGCCCAGGAAAAGCCGCGGAGGGGACCUCGAAAUCGACGGAUCGUUCUCAAACUCCCCGUUCCCUUGACGAGGGGCUGGAGAUCACGGAAGAGACGUCUCGUGGGCCUGGGGCUGGAACCGCUCGUGGGGUGUUCUCCUCGCUGGAGGAGAUGGCGAAGGGGUUAUGCCAUCGGCCCUACUUCACCCACCCCCCCCGUUUCCACGUGAACCUCCCGGGCAGGGAAUCUGGGGAGGUGCUUCUCUCGGAGCCCGGAAAGCGACGCCAAGCUAAAGAAAAGGGUUCUGACGGGGAAGAAAAAAUAGCGAAAACUCCCAAGGAAAAGGAAGGGGCCGUGUGGGUUAGGCAGUUUCCCAGGCAUCAGCGCGAUCUGGUUUCCGCCGUGGCGGUUGUUCUGGCAGGUUGGGGUGUGAAGGACUUGCGACGGCAUCUGCGGGAUCUUCCCGGGUUUCUUUCCUGUUGGCGGCUCUACGCGAAACACUUUCGGGUCGUCUUUCGUGAUCAGGAAACGCUCUUCAAGGCCAAGCAGUUAUUGGAUCAGUUCCACGUUGAGGGCAAUGUGCGCGUGGAGAUGAAGCUUUCCGACAUCCAUUCGCGCUCCUUCGCCGAGUUUAUCACACAGCAGGAACAGGAAACGGCGGCAGUGUAUGGAUAA